GUGGCCGAAGAAGGCGAGUCGUUGUGCGUUGCCAGCGCGGUGUGGGCAGGAUCCUCUGUGGUGAGACCUCUCUGCUCGUACUACUGCCGCACAAUAGAACGUCCGGAGAAUCAGCUACAGAGAGAGAAACGUCUCCACUGUAAGCACGGGCCGGUAGAUCUCACGCAACAAUCGCCUUCCGCCGGUUGAAGCAACGGUAGAGAUGUCGACUUUCUGGGUUGGCGGCGACAUGGAGGAGGAAGAAGAAGAGGCGGCUCCGGGGCAGACAGGUGCGGAGAGAGAGUCGGAGGAGAACGCGGAGUCUCGUCACAAUCUCGGGCAGGCCUGGGAAAUUGACUUCGGGUCCUCGAGCCAGUCGAAACCGAAGAAGAUGCCCCGUUUUCUCUCCAAGACGAAGCCCCAGACCCAGACUGUGGUGGUCAAGGCCGCAACACCCAGUCCAACCUCUGCCAAACAAGGAACGAAAGAGAAGGGUAAGCCCCUCUCAUCAACAACAAGGGCCACAUACAAGAAGUCGACACCGACCCAUCUAGCAGUGAAACCUCGAACUGCAUCCUCUGCUCCGGCAAAAACCUCGGGCAAGUUUGCUACGGCCAGCAUAUCGUCGAAAUCCAGUGUUCAGUCGCGAACGUCAACGGCAAAAUCUUCAGCCAGUGGCACACCUUCGCUGUCUUCAAGAUUAACUCCAGCAGCCGGUAGAGGGGCUGCAAGGAAUCCAAAUUCAUCCCUCUCUACCGCAGCUUCCAGAGCCAGGCCUUCCUCUGCACCCUCGUCAGCGUCAAAAACUGGCCGUCGGAACAGCGGAAGUGGUGGGGGUACGGGUAUAUCCCUCUUCUCAAAGAGAAAAUCGUCAAACACCAACUUGCCAGCGACGAAGGAACCAGGGGAGAAGACCGGAGGGAGAAAACUGUCUGCACUCUGGAGAAAGAGAGGCUCAAAGGACCAGAUAAAGACCGAGAGAGGAGGAGAGGGAGGGGGAGGGAGGAGAGAAUUGUCAGGGAAGGGAUCCGAGAGUGGAGAAGGUGGCACCAGGAUCCCACAGAGUAGGGCACUCCCUCGCGGAAGUCCAGGGAUGUCUCGAGCUUCGACUGGAAGGGGAGGGGGAGGGAGGGUGUCGGCCAGCUCAAAGAAAUCGAGCAUUGUUCAGAGCAGUGGAGACAUGGACGACGGGUGGGGGUGGCAGGAGGGGGAGGAGGGAGGGGCUACAGACGAGAGAGGUUUCGAAACGUCGGGUGCCACGCGGGGGAGCUGGGCUAUGAAACAGCAGGAAAACUUUGAGCGCCUGCAAUCAGAGCAGUUUUCCCCACGGCUCCAGACGACCCCGGACAUCCCAAACUCUCGGGCGACUCGUCGGAAGUUGAAGGAGGUCCAGCGCUGGGUUCACGAGGUCACGAUACACACCCAUGGACAACAGAUGCAGGAGACUCUGGAAAGAGGAGGGAGAGAGGUACGGAUGGCUGCCGUCCCUGAAGAAAUGGCCAGCAGAAAAUUUCUCGACCUCAGAAGAUGGUACUGUAUGUCUCGGCCUCAGUACAGCCGAUCGUGUGGGAUAUCCUCAGUCGUGUCCUGCUGGAAUUUCAUCUUCUCCACUCUCGGCAACGGAAGCCUUCCUCCAAUGACGCAAGAGGAAGCACUCUCAUUGUUAGGAUUCAAACCUCCGUUCGGUGAGAUAAAAUUUGGACCCUUCACCGGAAACGCGACCGUCAUGAGGUGGUUCAAGACACUAUGCAAUCAUAGAGAUGUUUCGGGAAGGGCCUACUUUUUCUACAAGCCUGUCGGGAAGGGGAGGACGUUUGGCCUGAAACCUGCGCAUGCCCUGGCCAGUCUGAAGGAAGGGCUACAAGACCCGCACACUGCCUUCAUAUACCACUGCUGGAACCACUACUUUUGCCCCAUUGGAUACGAAGAGGUCCCCAGGGAAUGCCAGAAUGCCUACAGUGUGGGUCUGGGAGAGGACGAGGUGGAGAACUGGAUUCUCAUUGGAGAGCCAAGUCGCAAGCAUCCCGGGAUUCACUGCAAGAAAUGGGAUGACAUAGUCCUGGACCUCACGUGUGAGUCUCCUCAAUGUUUCAACAUCCGUCACCCGGAGCGCGGCGUCCAGACUCGACCCUCCACCAAAAGACCCGGCAGCAACCUCCACUGUAUCAUGGCCUUUACAAUGCAGGAGAGCGGAGAAUGGGGAAUAACAGACGACUCUGUGUCACCGGAACCACACAGAGAGAUGUCUGCAGUGAGAACUACAACACCGGUCGAGACGCUGGAUAGCUCCGAGUCUGAUUUUCCAAUCGGAACGAUGGAAGAGCAGAGUAGAGGGGUUAGGGAGGAGAAGGAUGGAAUUGAAACGCUCACGAGAGGCGAUGCGGCUAAACUGUGCGUCUGGUCGGAUGGAACUACACCCUCUCCCACAAGCAGUCUCGGGAGAGGGGAGAUGGAAGUUUUGCGCGACAGAGAAACGGUUGGAGACAGAGGGAGCGAGGGUGGGGUGGAAAAGGAAGCAGGGAGUUUGGUUGAAGGGGACGAAGAGGGACAAGUUGAAGAUGUCAACGCUACAGGGUUUGAUCCACAGGAGGAGAAUGUGGUAGCACCGAUCACAUCUCGAUCAGGAGAACUGAUUGCUGACCUACCAGAUGAUCCUGUACAUGUAGAAGUAAUUGAAGUAGUAGAUGAAAAAGAGGAAGACCUAAUGAAUAAGACACUGACGCCAGCGAAGGACGAUAGCGAAGCAACUGGCAGAACGGAAAAUCAACCGUUCCUAGAAACCAACAGAUUCGAUACAGCUGAUAAUCAAUCAGAGACUAAUGAAAGAACGGAAAAUCAACCGAUGAUAGAAGUCAACAGAUCUGAGACUCCAGAUAAACACUUUGUGAGGCGAGGUGCUACCUAUCGUAAGACCAGAUCAUCCCUAUCACCUGUAGUGAAUCUAGAAGGUGGGCAACAAUUAGAAGAAGCUGCCACAGAUGAUGAUCCAGUAAUGCCUGGAGACUACACAAGGCGAAGUGGGACUUUCAGAAAAGAGAAACCUUCGCUUUCCACGACGACCAUUCAUAUCGACAUACCCGAUGCAAGAAUUAGUUCGACGGCUGCAGAUACUAACACAACAGACAUUGGUGGUAGGUCUGCAGUUGAGGACACAAGAAACGUGAGUGCUCUCCAAUUAGAGUCAACCAUCGACUACAGAGAUGGUGAUGGUGAUGGCAACUUGGAAGUAGUACUUGCAACUGAUCAAGAAUCUGGUCUAAAACGAAGCGGCACCUUCAGAAAAGAGAAACCAACACUGGAAGUUUCUCCGAUUGUUAGAAGAGGCUCAAACGCCAGCCAGCAUAGCGAUCAAGACCGAAACUCAGACCACGAUUUUCAAGACGUGACCCGUCGUACGAGAAGCACUGAGCCAGCGACACAAAGCCCCAUCCCCAUACCAACAGUUUCUCUUACUCUGCCGCCAAACUCGGUCCCCAUAGUGGCCUACCCAGAUAGUGAUGAUGACAGUAGUGUGGAGGAGAGCUAUCUAUUGGUGGACGAAGACCCGGCGUCUCUCAUUGGGAGGGGGGUCAGAAGAAGUGGAACUUUCACCAAAGAAAGACCUAAUAGCACACUCUUUGGAGAUGACUACUUCUGAAGUAAUCAUCAAAAUAUCAGUUUUAGAACUCAUCCUCUGUUCAAUGAUGUAUGAUAUUGCACCAGUUUCAGAUUCAGUUAUCAAUCAUGUGUUCAACAAAUUUCAGAAGAUUCUAAGUGUGACAUGCUUGUCU